AUGACCAAGAGCUCUCACUCUUCUUUUUCGUUUCCCUCCUCCACUUCCGGCCUCCUGCGGCUUCUUCUCAUGGCGGCGGUCAUCCUCUCCCUACUUUUUGUCACAUCCGCUGCCACACCCAUCUCUAACCCAACCAAUGCUACUCCAAGAAACCCCCACCGCCUCCAUAGUCAAGAAACCCACCACCACCGUGAAUGCGAUCAUCAGACUUCAGCUUCGGAAUCGUCGAGCGCACAAUUACGUUCCUUGUGCCUUCAACUCACCCACCACAGAAUAUUCCACGCCAGCCUUCCCCUCUCGCCGCUGCCACCGGUAUCCCCGUCCGGCCCCUCGCAGCCGGCUCCUGGCGACCGUCAAGAUGGUCACGAGAUUGAUCCAAGAUACGGUGUGGAGAAGAGAUUAGUCCCCUCCGGUCCCAACCCUCUUCACAAUUGA